AUCCGGAGGUCUUCCGUCAUGGAGGUCUCGGUCCUCCUUCGAGCGCUCCUCACCCUGUGGACCGUCUCGUCUCCGUGCCGGGCUGAGAGUCUGGUGCGGCUCAACGCGGGCGUCCAGGUCAGCAGGGGGCAGUCUGCGUACGUUACGGAGAAGGAGCUGCGCUUCAGGGGCCUGGGCGAGCGGGACUCCUGCAAGGUGGAGGUGGUGCUGAACGAACCCGUGACUCAGCGAGUGGGAAAACUCUCGCCGCAGGUGUUCGACUGCCAUUUCUUACCUGACGAGGUGAAGUACAUCCACAACGGCAGCCCUCUGCUGGAGGAGGACACCGUGAUGCUGAGGAUAUACAGGUUCACAGAGUCCGAGACGUUUCUGGAGACCCUCCUGCUGAGGGUGCGGGUGGUGGAGCCCCAGAACAGCCUGAUCCAGCUGGGCGCGGUACCGCUGGAGGUCCCCGGGUUCUACCGCCUGUCCAACGCCAUCGACAGCAGCGUGCUGACCUUCCAGAACCGGCCCGAAGUCAUCUGCACCGUGCGGCUCCUCACGUCCGAGACCAACGCCCCCGCGCUGGGCCAGCUGGUCCGAGAGGACCCGUCUCAGACCGCAACGGCCAAAGACGUGGAACAGCCCAACACAGGGCCCAGGAAAGGAAGGCAGACCGCCCCCUGUCCCGGCAACAAGGCCUGCGGACACGAGGCGAAGGAAGUGCGCUUCCUGAAGACGAACUGCGACGAAUUCCUGACCUCGGCCCUCAAGUACCAGCACCUGAGCCCCCCCUCGCCCGAAAUCGACUACAUCCCCAUCCGCGUGGAGCUACGGGACCACAGCUCCCGCGCACUUUUAGAGGCAAGCAGCGUCUGGAUCCCGGUUCUGAUCCACGGCGCCAUGCAGAACCAGCCCCCGCACGCGGCCUUCAUGUCCAUGUUCAUCCUGGAGGUGGACCAGUUCAUCCUCACCCCCCUGACCACCGCCGCCCUGGACGCCAAGGACGACGAGACCCCGCGCGACCGGCUGGUCUUCAACGUGACCGCUGCCCCCGCCCAGGGCUACCUCACCCACCUGGACGACCACACCAAGCCCGUCACGUCCUUCACCUGGCAGGACCUCAACGAGAUGAAGAUCGGGUACCAGCCCCCCAACAGCAGCUUCACAGGCAGGCAGACCUACGAGGUGGAGUUCCAGGCCAUCGACAGCUCGUUCGCAGCCAGUGACCCCAUUAUGGUUCACUUCUCCGUCAGGAACGCCGAGACCAACGCCCCACGAGUCUCCUGGAACAUGGGGCUGGAUCUGUUGGAGGGCCAGUCCAGGCCGAUCACGUGGGAGAACCUGCAGAUCGUGGACAAAGACAACAUCGACGCCGUGCACCUGGUGGCGGUGGACGGACCGCUGCACGGCAGGCUGAGUGUCCGAGGUGGGAAGGGCUUCAUGUUCAGGGUGCGAGACCUCCACGACGGGGCGGUGGUGUACCACCACUCGGACAGCGACAGCUCCCGCGACCACAUCGUGCUGCGCAUCACGGACGGCCGGCACAGCAUCCGGCACAAGUUCCCCGUGAACAUCCUCCCGAAGGACGACACCCCGCCCUUCCUGAUCAACAACGUGGCCUUCGAGGUGCAGGAGGGCGGCUCCGUGCUGGUGGAGGAGUACAUGCUCCUGGCCUCGGACCUGGACUCCAGCGACGACUACAUCCAGUUCCAGCUCCUCACCUUCCCGCGGGCGGGGGAGGUCGUCAAGAGGUCGUCCCCGCAGCAACCGGGUGUGCCAGUGAAGACCUUCCUCCAGAGAGAUCUGUUCCAGGGCCUGAUCUACUACCGACACCUGGGCGAGGAGGUGUUUGAGGACUCCUUCGAUUUCAUCCUGUCUGACAGCCACCAGCCCCCAAAUCUCUCCCACAGACAGUCCGUGGUGAUCCACGUGUCUCCGGUGAAGGACCAGCUGCCGGUGGAGGUUUCCGGAAGCGUUCGCUCCAUCACGGUGCGGGAGACUGAGGUCGUCCGCCUCACCCAGAGCCAGCUGCACUUCCGAGACACGGAGUCGCCCGACACAGAUCUCCUGUACCUCAUAACCCAGCCCUGCUUCAGCCCCACCGCCGUUGGGUUGCUGGAUGCUGGCCGCCUCUUCUACACCGACAGCACUUCGUCUGUGACGAAAGACCCCACCGUUCCUGUUCUCAAAUCCUUUACUCAGCACGCGGUGAACCACCUCAAAGUGGGCUACAUGCCCCCGCUGCAGGACGUGGGCCCGGACCCCGUCCUGGUGCAGUUCGUCUUCUCCGUGAGCGACCAGCAGGGCGGCGCUGUGCGCAGCCUGGUCUUCAACAUCACCGUCACCCCCGUGGACGACCGACCGCCCGAGAUUUUCACCAACGCCCUGCGGGUGGAGGAGGGGGGCGGGGGCUUCCUGACGGAGGAGCACCUGCUGGUGCGGGACGUGGACUCCCGGGAGGCCCAGCUCAGGGUGCGGCUGGACGCGGCCCCCCGGCACGGGAGGCUGGAGCUCCAGGGCCUGGUGCUGAGGGAGGGGGACUCCUUCACCCUGCAGGACCUCAAGGCCCUGCGCCUCAGGUACAUCCAUGAUGACUCUGAAACGGUGGAGGACACCGUAGGUCUCACGGCCACCGAUGGAAUCAACUCGGCUCACGGUGGCCUGUCCAUUCAGGUCCUGCCCGUGAACGACGAGCCGCCCCUGCUGGGGGCGGGUCUGCAGAAGGGGCUACGGUGCGAGGAGGGGGGCCGCGUGCAGAUCACGGCCGACUUCCUGUCCGCCACGGACGCCGACAGCGAGGACGCGCGGCUCACCUACAUGCUGGCGCGCACGCCCGCCCGCGGGGAGCUGCAGCGCGGCCAGGCCGCCGUCGACAAGUUCUCCCAGCACGACGUCCUGCAGGGCCUGGUCUUCUACAGACACACAGGUGGUGAGAUCGGACCCAGCCCGGUUCUGGACACGGUCACGCUCAUCGUGUCCGACGGCGAGGCCGGAACACUGGACAGCUGCUGCCACGGAGACGCCCCGCCCGUCCCCUUACACGGGUCACUUCCUGUCUAUGACCUCAACAUCACUGUGCUUCCUGUCAACAAUCAAGCUCCUGCCAUUAGCAUAGGAGAGGUGUUCGUGGUGGAUGAGGGCUCCUCCAGGUGUCUGUGCGGGGGCGUGCUGGGAGCCUCGGACCUCGACACCGCCCCGGAGGAGCUGCUCUUCCUGGUGGAGACCCCCCCCCAGUACGGCUUCCUGGAGAACACCCUGCCCUCCCCCGGGUUCGAGAAGAGCAACGCAGGCAUCAGAGUGGUCUCUUUCAGUUUGCCCCACCUCCAGGCUGGCUACAUCAACUACGUCCAGUCCCAGCACCGGGGCGUGGAGCCCACAGUGGACCAGUUUGUGGUCAGCGUCAGCGACGGGGUUCAGAGGUCAACGCCCAUCCCCUUCUACAUCAUCAUCAGCCCCACCAAUGACGAGGCUCCGUCGCUGUUGCUUGGCAACUUCACAGUGACGGAGGGCGGGAUGAAGGACCUGAGCGCGGACCUCCUGGACGCGGUGGACCUGGACGCGCCGUCCGACACGCUGACCCUGUCCGUCCUCGGCCCGCCGGCCCACGGGACGCUGAUCCGCGGCGCCCCCGGGCCCCAGACGGGCCGGUACGCGGACACGGGCCCAGCGCCGCCCCGGCAGAGCCCGGCCGCGCAGUCCUUCACCCUGCGAGAGCUCCGGCGAGGAAUGAAGAUCAUAUACAUGCACGAUGACACAGAAACCCUCAAGGACGCCUUCACCAUGCAGCUGACAGAUGGCGGACACACAGUCCAGGGGACGGCGCACGUCCGCAUCCUACCAGUCAACGAUGAAAAACCGCGGCUGCUAAAGAACGCAGGGCUGGAGGUAGACGCCAUGGACCGGAGGGUGAUCUCCAGCGUGGUGCUGGAGGCGGAGGACCUGGACUCCCCCGCAGACGCGCUCUUCUACGUCCUCCGCGCCGGGCCAAAGUUCGGUCAGCUGCAGCUGAAGACAGGGUCCGGUUGGCGUGUGUUGGGACCGGGUCAGAACUUCACGCAGGAGGACGUGGAGAUGAACCGCGUGUGGUACCUGCACACCACCCUGCAGGGGGUCAAAGGUCACGACAGCUUCCGUUUCACCCUCAGCGACGCGGAGAACGAGUCUCCGUCCCAGGCCUUCUUCAUCUCUCUCCGCACGGCGCAGAAGGGCGACAUCGUCCUCAUCACCAAGCCGGUGACCCUGACGGAGGGCGAGCGCGUGGUCUUGACGACGGACGUCCUGCUGGCCACGGACGGCGGCGGGAGCGCGGCGGAGCUGGUGUACGCCGUGUCCGUCCCGCCGGCGCACGGGCACCUGCACGCCGUCCAGCGGCCCGGCGUGGCCCUCGGCGCCUUCUCCCAGCUGGACGUCGCCGCGCACCGCGUCGCCUACACCCACGACAACGGCCGGGCAUCCCCGCGCGACUCCGUCAGUUUCGUCGUCAGCAACGGCGUGACGUCCAGAAGCGGCACGCUCCGCUUCACCGUGGAGCACGGCGACCGCAUCCCGCCAACGCUGAGCGGCAAUGCCGGCCUCCGCCUGCCAGAGGGCGCCACCGCGUCCAUCACCCGGGACAACCUGGAGCUGACCGAUCCGGACACUGCCGCGGGCAACCUGACCUACGCCCUGGUCCAGCGGCCUCAGCACGGGAGGCUCCUCCUCAGGGGAGCGCCCCUGACCCAGCCCAAAUUCACCCAGGAGGACGUCAACAACCUGGACCUGGCCUACUGGCACCAGGGUGGCCCGGCCCAGAUCGACAGGUUCAGCUUCCUGGCCUCGGACGGCACCAACCGAGGGUUCCUCCUGCACGGCCAGCUCCGGGAGGAGCCGGUGGCCUUCACCAUAGAGGUGGAACAUAUUGACAGGACCCCCCCGAGUUUGUCAAUCAAGAGAAUUCCCAGCACGGUUGAGAAUCUUCCGGGAGGAAAGCAGGGAAUCUACAUCACGUCCCGGGAUCUGCAGGCCUCCGAUCCCGACAGUCCAAACGCUGAACUGGAGUUCACGAUCCUGCGUUCACCACACUUCGGAUAUCUGGAAAACUCCCUCACAGGCGGCUACAUCAAAGGACGCUUCACGCAGAAGGACCUGGACCAGCGAGCCGUGCGCUACGUCAUCGACCGCGACAUCGAGGUGACGGGCGACAGCUUCGAGUUCCACGUCAGCGACCCGGCCGGCAACACCAUGCUGCCUGAGGUGCUGGAGCUGAAAUGGUCCCGAGUGGAGCUGUCGGCCACGUGCUUCCGCGUGUGCGAGAACGUGGGAAUCCUGCCCGUGCCGGUGACGCGUAGCGGGAACAGCAUCGACCCCGCCUACAUCGGCAUCCAGGUGGUGGAAGGCACAGCGAAAGUGGGGAGGGACUUCACGCAUAGCACUGCUACUCUAAUCCAGUUUGAUCCAGGGGUGAACUUGAAGAGCUGGAACAUCUACCUGAAGGAUGAUGGGCUGGAGGAAAACCACGAGAAGUUCGAGGUGGUUCUGAAAUCACAGAAGAACGCGGUUCUGGGUCCGAGGCAAAGGGCCACUGUGGAGAUCGUGGACCCGAGGGGAGGCAGUUGUGACCCAGAGGAUCUGAGAGUGGAGGAAGAGGGGAACCCCGCGUUACCCCCACCCAAGGCCCACCCGCCCCAGCCUGAAGAAGACCACGUCAUACACUUCCAGCCGGACACGUCCCGGGAGAAGGACCCGCCCCCCCGCCGGGGGGACGUCCCGAACCGCCACACCUUCCUGGACGACGGCGAGGGGGGCCAGCGUGACCAGGCGGGGGCUGGAAAACUACUGAGGGUGCUGGGCAACGGCAGGGGCAAGGUCCGUUCCUCAGGGGUUGAAGUCCGGGGUGAAGAGACAACUUGGACAUUCCAUGGAAUAAUUCCUCUGAGGGUGGAGGAGAGGAAACUCCUGGAGCCGGUGCCAAUGCCACAGGUCCACACCGGCCUGCAGAUCACCCCCAUCUGGACCUGGUCCGGCCCGGCCCGCGCUGGGGACCGGGGAGGGGAGGCCCCCCAGGGAGACUCCCCCCAAACCGCGCCCCGCUCAGCCGGACACAGACACAGGGGGGGUAAAGUCUCUGGUACCUGUCCCCCUGGCUGGGCCCCUCAUGAGGGGCAGUGCUACACCCUGAGUGCAGACACAGCCAGCUGGAGCAGUGCUCAGCAGUCCUGCUCUUCACGUUUUGACAGUCACCUGGCGAGUGUCAGCUCCAGAACAGAUAUGAAGUGGUUAUGGAAGUUUGCUGGGAAGCAGCCCUUCUGGAUCGGACUGACCGGUUCCUCGGGACAGUGGUCUUGGACGGACGGUCGCCCGCUGUCGUUCUCCAGACUCGGGAAGGCGGCCGGUCCAGGCCUCCGGUCCCAGGACGAGGCAGAGCCCCGCUGUGCGCUGGUCCAGAGUCAGAGGAAAUGGACGCCGACGAGCUGCACUGCAGAUGAACACGGAUACAUCUGCACCACACCAGCACAGUAUACCUAAAGGGCAGGCUAGGGGUGGUUAUACAAGCAUACAGUACUUGGAGCUGGAAUAAUGGUCCGUGGAAAUUCAUCUACAACUGUUUUUACCAGGCUCUGAUUUUUUAAAGGCUCAGUAUAAAAACUCUGAGCUCUUUAAUAGUUUUUAAAUUUGGAUUCAUCGGGCUUGGAAACACCAGUUUUGCGUUGUUCUGUGAUAAUAAAUGAAGAACUGAAUAUAUGUUAGACUCUUUCUAUUGUGCUGCUAUAUAUUUGAUAAACUGAAUAUCAUAUAACUUCUGAUAAGAACUGAAAUAUUGUCUACAUAUACAAAUCUCCUAAAAA